AACGGAUAGCCGUCUCGUCCAUGGCGAUAGCACCAGAAUUCGCGGCCGACUUCGAGUCGAUUCCAGACGCACUCGUGGACGUAUGUUUGGCCGAUGACGUGCACCUGGUGGACACGUUUCUUCAUGAAGGGGGGUUGCAGCAUAUCGAUGGCUAUGGCAAACACGAGCGCACUGCGUUGAUGUUGUCGGCGGCAUGGAAUGCGAGCCUGGCCGUGGGUCUUCUAUUGCGGUGGGUUUCCUAAUUCAUACUUCAAAGCGAGGCGCCAACGUGCACUUGAAAGACCCCGACGGCAACACGGCGCUCCAUCUCGCCGCCGAGAACAACGCAAAGCAAUGCGUCCAAGCGCUCGUCCACGGUGGCGCGCUCCUCGAUGACCAGAACGCUUGGGGCUUCACGGCGCUGCAUCUUGCCGCCGCCGCCGGACACAUGGCAUGCACCAAGGAAUUGCUGGUGGCGGGGGCGCGCAUGGACCUCGCGACGGCGGACGACGGGGACACGGCGCUGGACUUGGCACUGAGGGAGGGAAAACAGCCCGUGGUGCUGCUGCUUCGGGGGUGGGACCCCCAGUGGUCGUCUCGAUUGUGUCUCCAUCGCCAGCAACCGGCCAUGCAAACGUGGACGGAAGCGCAAGUCGCCGACUUUCUACGGUCCCACGCCAUGUCUCAAUACGUUCCCGUGUUUUUACUCCACAACAUUGAUGGAUUGGCGUUGUCAGAGUUGACGGAGGCCCGGUUGGAGAACGAGCUGAACAUGGAUCGACCGAAACAUCGAGUGCGCCUUCUUGAAGCGGUCCUGUUCACCCAACUCCACGCCUCCUCUACCUCCCACCCCCCUUCGUCCUCGGGGGUCGCCGACAACGAUGCGGAUACAGCCAUCAAAUCGAAAACGACGAUGGAGUCGCUGCCCCCUGUAAGCCCCCCGCGCCGCCCGAGGCCUCAGUCGCCCUCGCCCUACUUGGCCCCACCAUGGCUCGAAUGAUGCUAGCAAUGUGAGUCCCUCGCGCCGCCCGAGGCCUCAGUCGCCCACGCCCUACUUGGCCCCACCACCAUGGCUCGCAUGAUGCUAGCAAUCGUCGAGUCCUUGAUACAAAAGUAGUACUGGCAAUCAAAAGUAACUGUGCAUACUAGUACUUCUAGGCGU